GUAGUGGUCUCGUUCGCGUUUCACGUCUCGAUCGCGGGUUUCGUCAGUAGUGCCGCGCGAUCAUCGCGCGCAAUGAUGUUUUGUUGUUGUGACGUUUCAAUUCGCGGCGACAUCGAUCACAAUGUGACUGGGUUUUCCCGACCCCGGCGAUGCGUCCGAGGAGCGACGCUCCGGCCUGAACGCAUUCGGUGUCUAUGCUGAUCCCAACCGAAGUACAUCGAAUGAUAAAGAAGUCAUUCUGAAGAUGUUGGAGAAAUAACGUCAAUACCAAUAAUCAUGUAAUGAAAUCAUAAACAAAACUUUUCAGCAUUGUAUUGUCUGCAGUCCCCGUUAUGGAGGACUACACGCCGAUUGACGAGGAUUUUCCGGGUCGGUUGCUGCACCAGGCCGCGCUCUGGGACAAUGCCGAGCUACUGGAGGACUUGCUGCGCGGCGAGCACGCGCAGUACAUCAACAGCAAGGACUCCUGGGGCAGGACGCCGAUGCACGCCGCGGCGAUCACAGAGAACUCCCGGUGCCUGGACGUAUUGCUGAUCGCCAGUGCAGAUCCGAACAUCACUUGUGGUCCCAGAGGUCAUCACCGUACGCCGUUGCACGUCUGCGCGGAGCACGGUCAUGCCAGCAACGUGGAGAGACUCAUAAACUAUAACGCAGAUCUCAUGAUCCGCGACGACGACGGCCUGAAGCCGCUCGACAUCGCCGAGAAGGGUAAACACGAUUCCUGUAUCCGCCUGCUAAAGACGGCAGCUGAGAAGUAUGAGUUGGCUAAACAGGCGACCCACGCUUCCCUGCGCGCGGCUUGUAUCCAAGGUGACACCGUAGCCGCCAGGAACAUCAUACAAGGUCUCUCGAACGAUCUGGAAUGCGUGGUGAACAUGGCGCCGAACGGCGCCAACACGCUGCUCUUCGUGGCCUGCGAGAGCGGUCACAAGGACAUUGUGCGGCUGCUACUGGAUCACGGCGCCGACUGUCGGAUUCAUCCGGUCACCAAGUACUGCCCACUCUACAUUGCGUGCUACCACGGCAAGGUGGAAAUCGUCGAUCUGCUGUUACGCCACUUUCCCAAACAGGUGCAAACACUCACGGUGGAACGUUGGUUGCCGAUCCACGCCGCCGCUAUAAACGGCCAUCACAUAGUGAUAGACGCACUGCUCAGGUUCGAGUAUCCGCAGCACGUCUAUCAGCGUUAUCGGGAUCCCUCUGGCGAGUUCGAGUAUGAACUACCAUUCGACAUCAACGCGCAGGAUGUUACCGGCCAGCACGUUCUUUACAUAGCCAGCAUGCUGGGAAAUGUCAAGUGCGUCGAGUUACUGUUAGGCUACAGGGUGAAGGCGAGAACAACCAAAGAAGAGGACGCGAGUGGUACGCAGCAGUUACCGGUGUCCAAACGCAAGAUCUCUAGUGGUAUCCAGAGGCUCAUGUCUUCGUUGAACUUCCGUAGUAAGGCAACUACAGACAAAAAAGACGACAAGAUGAUAUAUCCAGUAAAUCUGGAUCUCUAUUGCAAUAACGGCAGCGAGACAUCCCUUCACGCGUCCGUCAGGGGUAGGCACACCGACGUUGUGAACGCUCUCCUGCAGGCUGGCGCGAAUUUGGAACUGCCAGUCAAGAUCCCGUACGACCAAAGCGAUCCGGAGGGUAGUUACUCGAAUGUGCUGACGAUUGCAUGUCAAAACCGUGACAUAAAGAUCGCGGAUCUGCUGUUGAAGCACGGUGCGGUCGACAACGAAUGCAAAGCCCUGAAGAUCGCCGCGCAGAAUCGCGACGAGGCGUUGACUGCGAAGUUGCUUUCGAUCAAAGCACACCCGGAUUCCGAGUACAAGAUCAACAAGAAGGCUAUGACGGAGUGCACGCAAAGCUCGCAUUUCUCCGCUUUGUCGUCUUUUGGCCAUGUCACAUAUUCUGCACUGUUCCCCAAAACACCCACUAUGAUCAAUUGGCACAAUCAGCAGUGCCACUUGUCGCAGAUUCGGCUGCAGUGGCUGAUCGACGCUGUGCUGCAUGUCAACAAGAAAUUGAGUCCACGCAACAACGAUCUGGUUCUUUACGCUAUCACGAGGAUCGACAUCUCCCACAACUCCAUCACUUCUGUACCAUCUACUGUGUUCUACCUGCAGAGCUUGAGGUACCUCAACAUGGCGCAGAACAAAAUCGACACUCUCGUGGCCGACUCGAAGAAUCCCAAGGAUAAAUUGUGUCCGGUUCUCGAGGAGAUGUACUUGCAGGACAAUCGAUUAGAGCAACUGCCGGAGUUUAUAAUGAAUCUGCCAGCAUUGGAAAUUAUGGACGUGUCUAACAACAAACUGCAAUGCCUGCCACAGAAUUUGUGGCGUGCGCCUAAACUCAAAGAACUGAACGCGUCGUUCAAUCUUCUGCGCGAUUUACCCAGCCAGGCAUCACAAAACGUCUUGAGAAAAUCGCAACGCGAUGACAAUCAGCCGAACGGCACUAGCUGCCGCGGACUGGUGGCUGCCGCUAUGCCACGAGUGGAAUCUAUGGAGUUCGACUCGUUUACGAAGAUCGCGAACGCGCAAAUAAUUGAGAUGGAACGGCCGCAUGUAUGGACCAACUCAGUGCAGGUGUCGGAGAAGAUGAACGAUGAUACAGAAAAUGGCAACAAAUCAGUACUGGCAUCAUUGAACCUGGCGCACAAUCUGUUCAACAGCAUUCCUGUUGCGUUGCCGUGUUUGGCAGUGAGUCUGGUGCGUCUGAACAUGGCAUACAACUCUCUGCGAUCUAUGAGCCAUAUCACCUCGUAUCCUGCGAGCCUCAAGCAAUUGGAUCUGUCUAAUAAUCAGAUCACACGCUGGCCUAGUCUACCACAGGUAGACAGUUGCGACAGCAUGGAACAAGCAAACACAGCCUGCUAUUGCCCGGCGACAAACGUGCAGUCGCCUAUCGUGCCCAACAACCGACAAACACCCAUGUCAAUGCGCGACAUCGUGCUGCAGUCGGUGUGUACACACAGACGGCAUCUACGAUUGGAGAACUUACGUACACUAAUAUUGGCAAACAACUUACUGAAUCGCAUCCAGCUGACGUCAGUGGACGACGGCGAAAUGCCAAGCUUGGAGGAAGAAAAUGCGGACAAAGACUUAAAGACCGGAGGAGGAGGAGGACUAUCCAAUUCAAAGUCGUACCUGCUCUUUCCUAACGUCAGUAUGUUGGACAUCAGCAACAAUCAACUGAGAGAGAUACCGCACAACAUUUAUGAGCUGAACAAUCUGUCAGUGUUAAAUAUCAGCGGCAACAACGAGAUCGUCGAACUACCGCCGCAGAUGGGUUUGCUGGGUCGGCUGUGGAACUUGAAUACUCAAGGCUGCCGAUUGCAAGAGCCACUGAAGUCAAUGAUUGAGUCGAAGAAGUACAAGACAAUGGACGUAAUCGGUUACCUUAAAUCGAUUUUGGAGGACGCAAAGGCAUACGCGCGCAUGAAGUUGAUGAUCGUCGGUAUCCAAGGUAUCGGUAAGACCAGUUUGCUGGAACAGCUGCGGCAAGAGGGUGAAGUACCGAACAAGAAAAAGGCAUCCGAGCAUUGGGCCAAGCGAAUGGGCAACAAAAAUAUAAACGCCAAGACCGCGAAAGGUACAACCAUCUCAACGGUGGGUGUGGACAUCGGCGACUGGAUCUACGAGAAGAAAGUACGCGGACAAUCAUCCCACGGGCCGGUAUACUUCAGAACUUGGGACUUCGGUGGCCAGAGAGAGUACUACGCGACGCAUCAAUAUUUCUUAUCAAAACGCAGUCUGUAUCUAGUCGUAUGGAGAAUAACGGACGGCUUCAAGGGCGUCUCGGAGAUCUUCCAAUGGUUGGUGAACAUUCAGAGUAGGGCACCAAAUUCACCGGUCAUUAUCGUCGGCACUCAUUACGACAUUUCCUACGAGCACAGCGAAGGUCUGCAGCAAUAUAUUCGCGACAAGUUCAUCAACGUAGUGGACGCCGAGAAGUGUGGCUUACCUAAGGUCAUGGAAACUAUCGAGGUAAGCUGCAAGACGCGACACAAUAUUAAGAUGCUGUGCAACCUCAUCUACGAUGUCGUAUUCAGUUUGAGAUCACCCGGUAGCAAGGAACUCCUGCUGGAGCAGAAAGUUCCGGCGAGUUAUUUGGCUCUAGAGGACGUGGCGAUUCAAUUGGCGCAUGACAGGAAACUGUCAGGCUUGGAUCCGGUGCUGAAGGCUGACCAAUAUUACGCAGCGGUUAACAAUGAGCUCCAGAAGCUACACAGAUCCUUCAGGGAUCCCGCUGAGUUGCACCAAGCGACGCUUUUCCUCCACGAGAACGGUAUAAUUCUGCAUUACGAUGACGCCACGUUGAAGGACCUAUAUUUUUUGGACCCGCAAUGGCUUUGCGACAUGCUCGCUCAUGUGGUCACCAUACGGGAGAUCAAUCCGUUCGCCCGAUCCGGAAUAAUGAAACUGGACGACAUUCAGCAUGUGUUUAAGUCCUCCACGAUCUCGUCGAUAGAUACGCAGGGCUAUAUCGUCAAUUUACUCAACAAGUUCGAAGUCGCGCUCACCUGGGAUUGCCGUACGCUGCUGAUACCAUCCCUUCUGCCGACCGAGGAGGACAUCCUGCGCAACAACCAAAUCAUCAAGGUGCCGGUAAAGACGCGCGGCUGGCAUGUACGUGCGAAGAAGAUCACGUCGCCGAUGUUCGCAUGCCUUGGCGCACCUAACGACAAGAGCAACGCCGAGUGCGUGCUCACGUCGAGAUCGCAGCCGGAUUGCUCCGUUACGCGACUGCUUUUGAUGUCAUACUUUCCGAGCGGUUUCUGGUCCAGAUUAAUCACUCGGAUCUUGGCCGACGACGCUAUUGUCGAGAUUGUUAUGUCGUUCUUAGCGCCCUUCAAAGAUUUCGUCGACGAUAACAUCUUCGCGAGUCUGCUGGAUUUACAAGCAGAGUGGGUGCUUUGGCAGACAGGAAUUGAGCUACGAUACUCUGGGAUAACUUUGUUACGCCUCAAGGAAGUAUAUUACAAUCUGAAAAAUUCUCCAUACGAUUAUCGGCAGUUUAAAUUCAAACUGAAGCAAGAUGGCAUAUGGUGUACCGUAGAUCUGAAGAAUUCUGCCAUAUUAGAAAUUUGGUUUCCCGUGGAUACCUUAGUGAUCAAGCAGCCUAUCAUGUCUGACUCGGUGGACGAGGAGCCGAUGGGUUACCAGGCAAUCGUGGUGGAGCCACGGCCGGAGAGCAUGCCACAGUUGAUGGCACUGAUUGUGGAUCACAUCGAUAUCCUGUUGGAAGAUUGGUACCCCACUUUAGGUACUCGUUUUGUCCACACGUCGGAAGGUAAGUUGUUGGUGACGAGGCUCAUACCAUGUCCACGCUGCUUGCUUGGCAACACCGAUAGCAACGGCGAGAGUGAAUCAAGCGACAGCGAUCGACUGAUCGAGGACAUUCAGAAGUACUGCGUGAACCGCGAGCGACAAAGCCAAGACAGCUACAAGUCCGAUGGCGACAGCGGUGUAGGCUACGACAGUCUCACGUCUAGCAGAAUGCCGUCGCUGGAGGGACAUCCAGAUAUGUCCAGGCAGAAUUCACAUCCUGAAAAUACUCUUGCUUACUCCUGGAUGGUGGAAGAAUGCAUACUAGCGGCGUACAGCAACAAACCCAUCAGCUGUCCCAAACACUCGGAGAUCCCCUUGUCGCAUGUUGCACCGGACAUUAUCUUCAUGGAUCUCGGUGCGAAACAUCUCAUUAAAUCAGAAGAUCUGAAGAGGGGUAAGCUUUUGGGUCGUGGAGCCUUUGGUUUCGUCUUUCGCGGUAGCUGUCGAUUACCAGGCACACACGUCAGAGCUGACGUGGCCAUCAAGAUGUUGCAGCCAGUGUCACCGGGUCCCAACUCCAAGCAGUCAGCGAUCUUGGCGUACAAGGCGUCGCAGAGCAAAUGGGACCGCGAUCCAUUGCAGUAUGCUUGCAAAGCCUACUGCAUGGCUCGUCAAGAGCUCAAUAUUCUGUUGACGCUUCGGCACGCUAACAUCGUACCGCUCAUCGGAAUAGUGGUCAGUCCGUUAGCUCUCGUGCUGGAUUUGGCUCCGCAAGGCGCGCUGGAUGGUGUGCUGAAGAACUACCGUCGUUCCGGUGCCAAGCUGGAUCCAUACAUGCUCCAGGCGAUAAUCCUACAAGUCGCCAAGGCGAUAGAAUACUUGCACCAGCAGCACGUCAUCUACCGCGAUCUCAAAUCAGAGAACGUGUUGGUAUGGCAAAUGCCGUUACCGUUCCAAGAGAUUCCGGAGCCGGUGCAUGUUAAGGUGGCUGAUUACGGAAUAUCGAGGCUGACGUUACCUACAGGAGCAAAGGGUUUCGGUGGCACUGAAGGCUUUAUGGCGCCCGAGAUUAUCAAGUACAACGGUGAAGAAGAGUACACAGAGAAGGUAGACUCGUUCUCCUUUGGCAUGUUCAUCUACGAGUUGGUGACACUACGCCAGCCAUUCGAGGGCCACGAGGCAGUGAAGGAAUGUAUACUAGAGGGCGGCAGACCGCCGCUCAUGUACCGCGAGACAUUCCAUCCGUGUUACGCGCUCGAUUUGAUGGUGAUAUGCUGGGCGCAGAACCCGAAGGACCGACCAACCGCCAGUCAGAUUGUCUCAAUCGCAUCCGCGCCCGAGUUUACGCACCUGAUAGACGUCACUCUGCUGACAGAACGCACGCAGGUGACCGCGGUCACCAUGACAAGCCGCGGCGCGGACGAUAGUCUGAACGGCGACGAGAUCUGGUUCGGUCACAACAACGGCGAGGUAGACAUGUUGUUGGGUACGCAGAAGGGUUGGUUACGUCACGUGCGGAUCGAGACUCCGGUGAUACCGUACGCGAUGUGCGGCUUGGACGGUUACAUCUGGAUCGGCGACAAUACUGGCCAGGUGCAUGUCUAUCUAUGCGGCAACUUCGGCUGUGUAGCCAGCUACAAUCUGGAGACAGACAAUGCGAGGGAGUCCAAGGUGGUCGGGCUGAUCCACUUGGAGCAGCUGAAGCAGUUCGCAGUGGCAUUACAUAGCGGUAGGAUCUGCCUGUUAUCGGAUACGUUCACGCAGAUAAAGCGGACAGAGAUCGCUGGUGAAGCGCGUAAUGACGUAAGGACCUACUCGUUGGCAGCAAUUUGCCGGAAGAGGCGCCUGUUGGAGCUCUGGGUGGGGCAAAGUUUCGGUCGGAUAUCCGUUUACACGCUAAAGGACGGCAAUCUCAUCGAUACGGUGCAAUUGUCACAUGGGGGUAGCAGUGGAGGCAGCGGCAGUGGCAACAGCGAUAUUGCUAUGAGGAAUCUCUUCGCCACGUACUUGACCAGCGCAGCCGAGAGCUUUGUCUUCUCGUAUACGUAUCCGGGUUGCGUGGUAUAUCAAUGGGACGUGGAUAGCCGGCAGAUCGUCAACAAGCUCGACAUGUCCAAGCUGGUACCGUGUUCAGAGAGUCUCAAGUCUAUCGCAAUCGAGGAAAAUCUAUCGACAGAGAAGUGCCAAGUGACCGCGCUCGAGGCUAACGCUAGUCAGUUAUACAUCGGCACUACUUGGGGAUGCAUUGUUGUCGCCGAAUGCGGCACUCUACGACCCGUCACCGUGUUCCGGCCGUUCGAGGGCAAGGUCUGUCAGAUCGUGACCUUCAAGUCCGUCGACAAGAAGAAAGUCGUACUGGCUACAGUUGGCCAAGGAUACCGUAGCCUGAUCUCGCGAUACACGGACUUCCCACUCAAGAGUCUUGAGAGCGAAGAGCUCAAACACGGCAUGUACACCUUGCUGUGGCGAUCAGAGAAUUGGUCAGCGGCUUGAUCUUCGCGAAGAGUCUAAGAUUCGCGUUCUGUCGCGUAACUGUGUGAUAGAUGAAGAAGCACGUGUUCGGCAAUGCGUAAAUUUUAAAAAAUCCUGAAUUUUGCUCAGAUUUUGAAUAGAUAGACCUAAUAAGUCUUUUUUUGCUGGUGCUAAAAAACGGGAGAUUUAAAAAAGUUAUCUACAGAAUUGUUUUUGGACAUUAACAAAAAUUUUAUUCAUUUAUAUAUUGUUUUUAUUAUAAAUAAAUCAAUAGAUAAUAUAUAUUAACGUUAUUAUAUAUUUGAUAAAAUAUUAAUAUGUAUUCCUUAUGUUUGUUUAUCUGUCUACAUUUAUGCAAACUAUCAGAUUUUCUUUAUAACUUACGCGAAUUGCCGAACAUCUUUUGUAAGCUUUAUUUACUUUAUAUAAAAACGAGUUUCUCUCGAGGUGUGAUGACAUAAGAUAAGAAUAAACUGUAUGUAAGUGUUGAGUAUGUGAUGAGAAAAUGGGUCUGGGUACAGUUCAGUUCUCCGUUACGACAAAAUAUGGCAAAACAAAAUUUCCAUUGUAGCGAUAUACGGUCACAAUGUGCCAAUGUGCGAGGUGUUAGAAUUCAGUACGAAGAAACUUUUUGCAAUUCCAUAUAACGGAAUUGCGAAAUUUCCCUCUUCAGCAGCGCGAUACGUGGGUGUGCUUAACAAUGCGGGUUUCAACAGACUACGCUCGGUGAAUCUUAUACGUCCAAUAUAAUUAUAGUACGCAAUGUGUAAAGGGUGUCCGAUGCGACACAAGUAUGAAGGCUCCGCGUGGUACACAUAAAUGUUUUCAUGAAAUCGUUAAAAGGAUAAUAAUCUUACAGAUUUCAGAGUUUCGAUUUUUCUCGGAGCACAAAUCGACUACCGUUAUCAUCGGACAUCCUGUCUGUUGCGUUACGUAGUCUAUAAGCAAGAUCCUUAGUUCGUCCAGGAUGCAGGAAUUACCAGUCAAGUGUGAGAGAAACAUCCUCUUAUUUUGUAUAAAACUAAAUCCUAAAUAAGCAAUCUAACGAUAUCGUAAAUAUAUGUUGUCGCUUAAGUUAGCUAAUUGAUGAGCGCUACGAGUCAUGUUACGUAUUUAAGCAUUUAAGUAUUUCCCUCUAGAAGGCGUACAGAAAGCGACGAUUUUAUGCUGUAAAUGACAGGAGCGGAAAUGAUUCUGAUAUUAAACGCGGCUCACGGACGUCACAAGAACAUUCCUUUGAAUGAUAUUAAUUGAACCAUUUUAGAUAUUGAAGAGAUAUUUUUAGCACUGUCGAUCGAUUUUGAUAAUAUCGCUAAUAUUAAGCUUCAGUAAGUUUGAGCUACUAACGAUAAUCUUGAAACAAUUUCUAGAUCGUGCUAUCUUACCCUGCGAUCCAAUCACAUCACGUCCAAAGGAGUAUCUCUCAAAUCUCGUAGUUGAAAGGUUGUGGAAUAUGUUGUAUAAUAUAUCGGCAUUAUGUUAUUGUAUAAUGUAAUACUAAUAAGGAGACAUAAGCUGUCGGAUGCUAGAAAUAUUUUGCUCAAUCGAGUCAUUCAAUUUCCACCAACGGUUUAAUUAUUAUAUACGAGAACGAACAAUGUUUCCCGAGCGACUAAUGUGAUAUAAAACACUCCGAAAAACGCAAGAUACUGUCAAAACUAGUUAUGUUACAUUUGCUCUCUAAUUUCAUUUACUGAUAAGAAUAAUCGGAAAACUUAAAAGUAUUAUCUGCUUAACAGAGAUUCGAUUUUCUUUUUCGAUACGUAAAUUUCAAGAUAGUUUUUCUAAUAGUUUGUAACAAUUGAGCAAGAAAGAAAGAAGAAAAGUUAAUUAAAUGAUGUAAUGAGAUUUAUACGUCGCGUAAAUAUCGCACCUUCAAUAUAAAGGCUAAUGCAAUUGAAGAAAGUAGCCAAAUCUUCCAUCAAGAAAAUGUCACCAAGUACCAUCGUCCCUUAAAAAAAAAAUUAAUUCUUUUUAUUUCAGAUAAGAGAAGUUAUAUAUUCAAGAAUUAGUCUAACGCGACCCAAAUAUAAUAUAAUAAUUAUUUCUUAUUCUCAUGACAAUUCGCUGCUUUUAAUUGCAUUAGUUUUAUUCGGAAGACAAGAUAUUUUUGCGACAAAGUGAAAGUACUAAUGUUCGAUUUCUUCAAUGUUUCUUAAAUACUCAUUAAGGAAUGUUAAAACCGUUAAAAAUGUUAAAAACCGUUGAUUUCUGAAAGCUACUUUCCUCUCUAAUAUAAAUAAUAUGAAAAACUUUAAUAAUAAAAAAAACAAGAUAGCAUUUAAAGGAAUAAUUAUUCGUAAAUCGAUUACAAAAAAGUCAAACAGAUAUUAUCUAAAAAAAUUUUGAUGAAAUCGAUCAUGAGUCCUUUUAUCGUGUGCAAUAAUUAUAUGGUGUUUAUGGCUUGCUAUUAUUCCCGAACUAGGGGGGA